GUUGCGAUAUGAUAAAAGUAAAAGAAGUCAAAAGUAUUAUAGAGCAGACUAAAGAACUAUUUCUGAUGUUUCCAUCAUUUCAUCUUUACUUUAUUCCCGCAAGAGGCGCUUGGACUUCCGUCAUUUUGCAUAGAAGUUGGCCAGCUGAGUUGAAUUUUACUAGGGGCAUUUUAGGAUUGGGAUUCUCAUGCUCUAUACACGGGGAAGCACCGAUACAAGAGUAUAUAAGACGUGACACAUAUUUCUUCGUAUCAGUUAGUACAUCAAUCGUAAAAUCUAUAUAAUUCUGUACUUCUAACAAAUUUUGCACCUGUAAUGAAUACAAUGUCUAGUAUGGAUCCAGUUUGGGAUGAAAUGUUGAGAAUUGCUGAGGUACAGCAACAAGAAUAUUAUGAACUUUUGACAGAAUGGACACUGUAUGAGGAUGAUAAAUAUAAGUAUUUGAGACAAAAUAUUGGGUUUGCAAUUUAUGGUCCUGCAUCAAAAGAUGAAACGGCUGAUGUUGUAUUAUAUGAUAAGAAUAAAAUAACUAAUAAGUACGAUUUAGUUGAAACAUUUUAUUACUCAGAAAAAGCCAAAAACACUAUAGAUACUAUAUAUGAUAAAAUACUUGAAUUUGGAGAAGAAAACAUAAAAUCAGGAGCAGAAAAAAAAUCAAACAUAAAAGGAGUUUACUAUGGAGUAAUUUUCAAUGUGAUAUUCCGUCCUAAAAAUAAUUCAGUUAAUGUACCUACUUCAAAAAAGGAAUCCAAUUCAAAAGAAAAAUCUACUUCAGAAGAGGAAAAUGAAAUAAAUAUAUGUUUAACACCAAUAUUUAAGAUAAAAUACUCACAAUGUAAAAAGCAACAAAUUUGGUAUAUUGAUAUGAACGGUAGGGUAUAUGAAAGUUGGACAGAUUACAAGGAAAACAAUACUUUACCACCAUGUACCAUGGUUCUUCCAAAGGAUGGAUUUUAUCAACCGGAUACAAGUUAUGAAAUUACUGAAAAAUAUUCAACAGUAUGGUUAGAAAUCGUAGACUCACCUGCAUGUAAUUCUAUAAAUACUUUUCUUAAUGUAGCAGAUACAGCUUCUUGUGUAAUGGGUGUAGCUGGAGUUACUUUAGGAGUUGCAUCUUUGUUUACACCUAUUGGUCCAGUUGCGCUAGGUGCAACAGCAUGUUCUGGGAUAACUGGUGCAUGGACAAUGAGUAGAUCAGUACAAAAAUUAUUAGACAGACACUCUCAUAAAGAAACUAUAAAUCCACUAAAGGAUAAAAGUGCAUUUUCUUCAUGGUUAGGUAUAACUGGCGGUACAAUUGGUAUAGUAGCUUUAGGUGGAUCUUUUGCUAUUACUAAGCUUGUUCAGAAUGGUAGUAAUAUAGGCACUGCAACUAGAUUUGCAUACAAUACAUUAGUAUUAAGUAAUUUAGGUAUCAAUGGUUUUGGUGUAGGAUAUCAAGCAUACUGUAUCUAUGAUAGAUAUCAGCAAGAUGGCACAGUUCAUUUUUCAGAUGUAGUAUCUCUGACAGCUCAUAUUUUGUUCCUUGGUAACGCAAUCCUAAAUAUGCAGUUUGCAGCAGAUUUAAUUGAAUCUACACAAGGUAACAUUUUAGAUAACUAUAGAAGCACUUUACGUUCCAAAAAUCUCCGUAGAAAAUUUAAUCGUGCGAGACGUACUGCUGCUGCAAAUAAUACAGAUAAAAUAUUUGAAAAUGCUGAAGUUAUACGUUACAUCAAUAACAAGAAACAGUUACAACUUGAAAACAAUUUGGGUACUAUUUCCACUCAAAUGCCUACCAUAUCUUUGCAAAAUAAUGAACUGAUAAUUUGUGGUAUACAUUUACUAGAUCCAAUGAAAUUUGUAGACAUAUUAUUUGCACAUGACAAGAAAGGAAAUAAAUAUUCAUUUAACAAAGAGAAUAGCAAUGCUCAAGAUAAAUUGCCUCAGUUAAAAGAUUUGCUAUUGUCUUUAUUAAAGGAUGCAUUUUUAAAUAAUGGGAACAAUAUGAAAUAUGAUGUUGAUCAAUUUACUGAAAUUUUAAAUGAUAUAAGAUACAUGAAGAAUGCCUCAUGUUUUCUUCUUCUAAUAUUUAAAAUAUCUCUUGCUCUGAUAACAAAAUCUUCAUUUGCUUCAGAGUAUUUACAUAAAGCAGUUCAUUUUGUAUGGAAUUAUAUAAAAGAAAAUUUUAGGUAUUUAGAUAUAUCUUCCGUUAAUGAUGAACAAAUGCAAAAGCUAUUGAAUAAAAUAAUAGCAGCCUUGUUUGAAUAUAUGGUGGUUACUAUAAAAGAAUUAUCACCUGCUUUUACAAAAUAUAUGGAAAAAUAUGAAAUUUUACCUAACAAUUUUACCUAAUAUAAUAAAAAAUUGACUCAUGACUUCUUAUUCCUUUAAUUUGCUUAAACACACAUACAAUUAGAUCAUAAUAUCUAUACAUACGCAGAGUUGUACCUUAUAAUAGUAUAUUGUAUGACAUUAAUAAAACGGCCAUGUAUAUAA